UCCAACCUCACCAAAGAUAUGGCGGAUUACUGUGUGCAGCGCAUGAAACCCUACAACGACCCGAAGACCGGUCAUUCGAUCACGGGUGCCCUCGACUACGUGGAGUUCACCAGAACGUUAUUCCAAAACUAAGCGUCGCGCUAACCACCUAGCGCCCAGCUUUUCUGCUACUUUCGUAUUUCUAAUUCGACUUUUUAUGCAUUUUUGACGAUAAGAACAAAUCAACCCCCGGAAGGGAGAAUAAUAUAUUUUCUUUGAAUUUGAUAUAUUUAUAUAUUUGAGCGAAAGUGACGCGCCUCGUAGCAACAAGCAAGCAAGCAAGCACGCAUAUAGUGAGCCAUCUGCCAUUUCGCCUUCCGCUUUUCUCGUCACCAUAGCCGGUGGUCGGUCUGCGAAUGAACGAAACAACACGACACGCUCGAAAAGAGGAUAAUCCCAGUAAAGAACGAUAAGCGCUGCGUCUCUGUGGUGGCGCAAGGGAAAUUGAAACUCAUUUCUGGUCAGUUUUUCGUAUGAAAUUGACUUUGAAGGUCGUGUGCUCCUGUCGCUGUCGCACAGUCCGAGUUUUUUUUUGAGAGAAUGUGUCGAUGUUAAGUGGUAAUCCGCACCGUUCUGAAUCCCUAGGCCGCACUGUAGUAGAACUGUCUAUUAUGUUUCCCCUCUUCUAUAACAUGUUUGUUGAUGCCUUUGGCAAGCGAUACGCAAAGUAUUUAUUUACACCGAUAUGAGCGAAAUCACACGACUCCUGUCGAAGAGCGAGAGAACGUAGGAAAGCUGCCAGCAGAAGUGCAAAAAUUAGUAAUCAAACUACGAAGAAGCCACACCUUGGCACAGCGAAUACACGAUAACAAAUAUAACUACACGUAUUUCUAUUUAUCUACUACUAUCGGCCAUCGGCAUCACUGUUGCUACGAACGAACGAGCGAAGAUCGGAACCGCUGGUUGCCGUCGUAUAUUGCUAUAUCUUCUUGAAAAAUAUGAAAUAAACGAUUGCAUCAAUUAAAAGCAAUGUCUCGGCUAGGAUAACGGU